ACCCAUAGUUACAUCCACCAAAAACAACAAUGGCUGCUUCCUCCCUUCACCACCGCUUCCUUCAUGCCUCUUCCGUCCUUCUUCUCCUCCUCCUCCUUUCCCUCUCCCCGCAACCAUCCCUCGCCCAGCAACCAUCCUUCCGCCCGAAAUCCCUAAUCCUCUCCGUCACCAAAGACACCGCCACCCGCCAAUACACCACCACCCUCCUCCACCGCACCCCGCCCGUCCCUCUCACCCUCCUCCUCCACCUCGGCGGCGACUCCCUCUGGGUCAACUGCGACCAGCCCUACCUCUCCUCCACCUACCGCCCCGCCCGUUGCGGCUCCGCCCUCUGCUCCCUCGCCGCCUCCACCGCCUGCGGGGACUGCUUCUCCACCCCACGCCCCACCCCCGGCUGCAACAACAACACCUGUGGGAUCUUCCCUUACAACCCCAUCACCUCCACCUCCACAUCCGGCGAGCUCGCCACCGACGUCAUCUCCCUCAACUCCACCGACGGCUCCAACCCGGGUCGCUCCGUCUCCGUGCCCCGCUUCCUCUUCGCAUGCGCCCCCGGCUUCUUGACCCGCGGCCUGGCCCCACCAUCUGCCGGCGUGGCAGGACUCGGCAGGACGAGGAUCGCGCUGCCAUCCCAGUUCGCCGCGGCCUUCAGCUUCCCGAGGAAGUUUGCCGUCUGCUUGGGGUCCUCAAACGGCGUCGUCUUCUUCGGGAACGGGCCGUACAACUUUCUCCCCAACGUCCAGUACACAUCCCAAUCGCUAACCUACACACGCCUGCUGAUCAACCCGGUGAGCACGGCCGGCGCUUCCACCGCCGGGGAGCCGUCCUCCGAGUACUUCAUCCCCGUGACGGGGAUCAACGUCGGCGGGAAGCCCGUCCCGAACCUGAACUCCACGCUGCUCUCCAUCGACGCCGCGACGGGGAGGGGAGGGACGAAGAUCAGCACGGUGGACCCCUACACGGUGCUGGAGUCGUCGAUCUACGCGGCGGUGGCGAACGCCUUCGUGGCGGCGGUGGGGAACGUGACGAGGGCGAAGGCGGUGGCGCCGUUCGGGUUCUGCUUCAGGACGCAGGGCCUGACGGUGACGCGGCUGGGGUACGGGGUGCCGACGGUGGAGCUGGUGAUGGAGAACGGGAGGGUCGGGUUGAGCAUGUUUGGCGCUAACACGAUGGUUCAGGUGAGCGAUGACGUGGCGUGCCUGGGUUUUGUGGACGGCGGGUCGAGCCCGAGGACGGCGAUCGUGGUGGGCGGGUACCAGCUGGAGAACAAUCUUGUGGAGUUCGAUCUGGCGGGUUCGAGGGUCGGGUUCAGCGGGUUGCUGUUUGGGAGGCAGACCACGUGUGCAAAUUUCAAUUUUACUACUGCUGCCUAAAUGUUGGUUUGAUUGAUUAGUUGUGGUUGUGGACGAGUUAAUAAUGCGUUUAAAAUUAAGCACCGCUUUUGUUGAAAAGACGCAAUAAAUAAGGAAGGGUGGCCGCGUAUGUACGUAGGUGGGCCAUUUUGGUGCUCGUUUCGUUGUCAUGUGAAAGGCCAUGCAUGAAGUGAUGGGUUCGUUUGUCUUAUUUGCAUGUGUAAUUAUAUAAUAAAAAUGUAAUAAAUAAUAAAGUUUACC